CGGCCGAGACGUCAAUCCAGAAAACAUUUGCCGUUCCACCAUUUCCGAUUCGAUUUUGUUUAUUAUAAUUAUUAUUAGUUUUUUGACUGGAUUCGCGUGCGUCGUUCGAUUCGAUCCGAUCCUCCGGUGAGAUCACUUUCUCACUUCCACUUCUUCUUCGUCUACUACUACUACUUCUUCUUAUUCUUACUCUCGUUGUUGCUCCCAGUCGCGCGUGUUUUUUUUUUUUGAAGUGUACGUGUGUGUGUGUGUGUGAGUGCGUAGCCUUGCCUUGCCUUUACCACCAACCCUAGGUCUUCGGGCGCUCCGCAUCUCGCCGGACAGUCAACCAUCGACUAUCGACAAAUUAACAACGAUCUUAAAAAAAUACAACAAUUUCAAAGAUAGAAAACGAAAACCAUGCGAACGAAUUGAAACGAACAUGAAGUUUCUCGCGUUCCUUCUCAUCGCCUUGACGACGGGGGUUGCUUUGGCGACGACCGUUGUUGCUAAGGACUGCCACAAGGGAGGCUCCGGCCCCAAGCUCUUCUGUUACUAUGGACACGUGCCCACCGAAGAUGAGGUGAUCCGGGACGCCUGCAGGUGCAGCCACCUGGUGCUUCCUCACGACUCAGACGCCGCCGCCGUCGACUCGAUCCGCUCCAAACUUGAAUCGACCACGAAGAUACUCAUCACCGUCCACGACCUGAACGAGGGUCUCGUGAAAACGCUGAAGAAGACCAAAGUGGACGGUCUCGAGGUGAAGCUGAAGAAGUUGAGGUCGCGCGAAGACAUCGCCGAUUUCCUUUCCACCGUACGCACCAAACUGGAUAAGGACCUUUUCGUCGCGCUCUCAGUGCCCGCGAAACCCGAAAUCCUCGCCAAGUAUUACGAUUUCAAGGCUCUGUCGAAAUCCGCCGACGUUUUCCUGCUGGAAACCUCGUUCCUGGGCACCUCCAAGAACGUCACCUUCCAUCCGAGCAGGCUGUCCGGUCUCUGGGACGUACAAAACACUGAUUCGGUUGUGGAUUUGGUGAGCGGUUUGGGGGCGCCACUGUCCAAACUGGUCGUCGCGGCGCCGGUGCAGGCGUUCAAAUUCGCGCUCCAGGCGGAACGACACACCGCGCCCGGAAGUCCGGCCCUGGAAUUGUCGACGAUCUCCAGGGAUGAACUGUGCGACGCGAUGGGCGCAGGUGAAGGAUGGACGCUGGAACGUGACCAGGAUCAGGCGGGACCAUACAUCUUCAGGGAAAAAGAAUGGAUCGCUUUCGAGGAUUCGAUGAGUAUGGAUAUCAAGGCCAAGUACGCUCGUGUCAGGGGUUUAGCUGGUCUGGCUCUGAAGGAUGUGUCGCAGGAUGGCGGUUCGUCCUGCGGUGGAAGUCUUCUCGCUGCCGCGGCGGAGGGUCUUUCGCGUCAGGCGAGGGCACCUAGAGGAGCGCUCCUGCAUUCGUUGGAACGCGAAAUCCUGGAGACUCCGGCGAAGAAGUCGAAGAACGUUCAACUAUCGCCGUACCGCAUUUCCAGAGUCAUCGACGUCGAGGGCAAAGUUCACGUUAUCAGACAGGACACCAGAACCGAAUUCGAAUGCUCCAGGCAAGGGUACUUCGUACAUCCCAGAUCCUGCGGCCGCUUCUACCGCUGCGUCAAAUUCGAUCAGCUGACGGAGGAGUUCUCCGUGUUCGAAUUCGAUUGUCCCGCGGGUCUCGCCUUCGACGAACGCGUCGAAGUGUGCGUCUGGCCGGGAAGUCUUCCGCACGCCUCCGCCUGCUCGGGAAGCAGUGAAAUCGCUCCCGUUCCCAAGCAGAGAUUCGUCUGUCCAUCCGAGCCCGGUUACUACGCCGAUCCGGAGAAUUGUCGCUGGUUCUUCGCCUGUCUGGAUCACGGAACCUCACCGUUGACCGCCUACGAGUUCCGCUGUCCCUACGGUCUGGUCUUCGACGGGGAACGUCUUCUGUGCGAGUGGCCGUGGUUGGUGCCCAAGUGCGCCUCCGGUCUGGCCUUCGCCGAAGGCUACGAAAGUCGCACCGUCGGCGAUUAUAGUCUCGAUUUGUACGACGGCCUCGGUUCCUUGAAUGGCAUCCGUCUGGGCGGUCUCAGCGGACCCCUGCAGCAGCCGAUCUCGAAAACGUACAGCAGCUUCAGCAAAGACAACUACCAAAACCUUCUCCUGGGUAUAGGCAACUCGAACGUCGAUCAUUCCGCCAAUCUGGGUCUCCUCUCCGGCGGCAACCUCCACGCCGCCGUCAACGAACACUCGAACGGCGCUGGCUCAAAAUCAGGAAGCUACAGCAGAUUCUCAACAUCCGGCAGCCGAAAUUCAGCAGGAAACUACAACAAAUUCUUGUCCGGUAACGCACAAAGUACAGCAGGAGCUGUACACGAAUCAGGCUUGAAUGCAGCUUCGGGAAAAUACAACAAAUUCUCAUCCGGAUCAAGCUCAAAUUCCGGAAACCAAGGUUUCGCCCACGGUGAUGGCUUAAAUAUUGCCUCAGGUUUAGUACACGAAACAGGCUCUAAUUCCGCUGCAGGAAACUACAACAAAUACUCGUCUGGUUCGAGUUCAAUUUCUGGAAGUCAAGGUUUCGCCCACGGUGAAGCUUUAAAUAUUGCUUCAGGCGAGAAUGGAAACUAUAAUAAAUUCUCGUCCGGUUCGAGCUCGAUUUCCGGAAACUCGGGAAGCGAAGUAUCUGGAGGUUUCUCCACGGGAAUUGUUCACGGCGAAGGUAUUGUACAUGAAGUAGGAUCGAAUACAGGAAAUUACAAGAAAUUCUCAUCAAUUUCCGCCAACGCCGGUGCUUCCCAUGGACAUAGACUAAACGUAGCAUCCGGAAACGCCAAAAACUACAAUGCAUUCUCUUCCGGAUCCGCUAAUGCCGGAAGUCGAGUAUCUGGUGGAUUCUCCUCGGGAAUCGUUCACAAACACGGCUCGAACUUGGCUUCAGGUAAUGCCGAAACCUACAGCAAAUUCUCGAUCGGAUCCGGCUCGGUUUCAGGUAAUUCCGGAAGCCAUGUAUUGAAAUUCGCUUCGGGGGUGGAGCACGGUGAAGGCUUGAAUAUCGCCGCAGGCAACGCUCACAAUUACAACACAUAUUCAAGCGGCUCGAACAUAAUUUCUGGUAAUUCUGAAAUUGCCGCCGGAUUUUCUUCCGGUGUAGCCCACGGAGAAGGUGUGAACGUAGCAUCAGAGAAUACAGAAAGUAAUAGCAAAUUCUCUUCCGCUAAUUCCGGAAGUCAAGUAUCUGGGGGAUACUCGACUGGAAUCGUUCACGGAGAAGGUUUAAAUUUGGCCUCUCACGGCGAGGAAUUGAAUGUAGCCAAUGGAAACGCUUACAACAGCUUUGAAUCGGAAGCCAAUUCCAAUUACGGCGGUUUCUCUGCUGAAGUUGCGCAUGGCGAAGGCUUGAAUUUGGUCGCAGGAAAUGCUGAAAGCUACAGCAAAUUCUCUUCUGGAUCUGAUUCACAUUCAGGUAAUUCCCAAAGUCAUGUCUCAGGUGGAUACUCUUCUGGGGUAAUCCAUGGAGAAGGCUUAAAUGUAGCCGCAGGAAACGUAGAAAGCUACAAUAAACUAUCUUCCGGAGCGCACACAAUUUCUGGUAAUUCAGGAAUUGUUCAUGGAGAAGGUUUGAUCUUAGAAAAUGCAGGAAUUUCUUCUGAAGUUGUGCAUGGGGAAGGAUUAAAUGUGGCCGCAGGAAACGCGGAAAGUUACAGCAAAUUCUCUUCCGGCUCGAGCUCAAUUGCUGGUAAUGCGGGAACUUAUGUAACAGAAGGAUAUCCUUCCGGAAUUGAUCAUGGAGAGAAUUUGAAAUUGGCCACAGGGCUUCUGCUCGGUGAAGAUGAGGGCCUGAAUGUUGCGACAGAAAGUAACUACAACAAAUUCUCUUUGGGAUCGAGCUUGCUUUCAGAAAGUCAAGUAACUGAAGGAGGAUUCUCUUCGGGAAUCGCUCACGGCUUGAAUCUUGGUUCAGGUAAUGACGAGAGUUACAGCAAGUUUUCUUCGGGAUCAUCCAGCUCGAUAUACGGUAAUUCCGGAAGCCAAAUUGCAGAAGGAUUUUCGACGGGAGUUGCCCACGGAGAUGGUUUGAUCGAUCACACUGGUAACUUGAAUUUCCUCGCGGACAUCGAACCGAAUUUCAACGAGUUUUUUUCAGAAUACGGAAACCAGGCGCAAACCAUUCUCCUGAACCAGGAGAGCAUCAACGCUGGAUCGCACGAGUACAGUCAGAAUACCGGUUUCGCCACCGGAGUAGUAGGUGGUCAGGAAGAAAGUACCUUGAAUUUGGCUUCAGUGCAGUCCAGUGGAUUUUCUUCGGGAAUCGUUCACGGGCAAAGCUCCUCGUCUCAAGCGGAGGCCGUCAAUUUGGCAUUCGGAAGUCGCGUGACUUCAGGCAAUUCUCAAGGACAUAUCGACAUCGUAGGCGGCGGAUUUUCAGGCGUAGGAAACGUCAAAGUGUUGGAGAACGCUCCAGUCGUGGCGUCCGUAGUGACGUCCAUUCCAACGGUAACGGCAGUUCCAAUUCCCGCCCAAAAAGAAUUUGAAACUUACAAUGCAGGAGGCGUGGUAGCCAAUCUGCCGGAUCUCCAAUUGAAAUUGGAACAUCCUUCCACAAUUAACCACCAUCUGACAGCAAAAACUCCAGCUGUCACUGUGACUGACGUCCUGUUUGCUUCGACACCGUCGAGCUUAGGUUACGAUUAUCCAAAACCUAAAAUUCCUUUUAUCGAAGGCUCCACCGCUAAACCCACAUACUUACCUCCAGUUCAAAAAACCUAUUUACCAUCUGUUCAAAAGACCUACGUACCUUCCGUCCAAAAGUCUUACGUCAGACCAUUGAGACCAGUCGGCGGUCUCAAAGCUACCGUCAUUGAAAACUACAAUAAACCAGCCGUAGUAACCACUUACCAUCACCAAAGACCAGCUGUUGUUCAACAACACGUCAAAAUCCAUGAAAGUAAACCCGCAAUUGCAGUGCAAGAAGUUAAAGUCGUAAAACCGGCUGUAGUACAGACAUAUUACCACCAAAAACCAGCUGUCAUUGAACAGCAAACCGUUCAUGUUCAACCAACUGUCACAUACGAAAGUGUCAAAAUCGAGAAACCGGUCAAUUUCGAGGGUUACAAAUACGAGAAACCGACAAUCGUUUUCGAAGAGAAACCACAAAUUAAAAUUGAAAAACCCGCCGUCGUUCAAACCUAUUUCCAUCAAAAACCAGCUGUCAUUGAACAUCAAACCGUUCACAUCCAACCAACUGUCACUUACGAAAGUGUCAGAACCGAGAAACCGGUGAAGUUCGAAGGUUACAGAUACGAGAAACCUACCGUCGCCUUUGAAGAGAAACGCGUGCAGAAAGUUAAAAUUGAAAAACCCGCAGUGGUUCAAACCUAUUUCCAUCAAAAACCUGCCGUCAUUCGACAGCAAACCGUUCAUGUUCAACCGACUGUCACUUACGAGAAACCGGCGGUGAUUGAACAGCAGACUGUAGAAGUAAAAACACCCGUUAAAUUUGAGGGUUAUCAGUAUGAGAAACCGACAAUUAAAUUUGAGAUUCCAAAACCCAAGGUCACCUAUCAGCAAGAAGUUAAGGUACAGAAACCUGCCGUUGUUCAGACCUAUUACCACCAGAAACCGGCGGUGGUUCAUCAUAAAAUUGUACAAGAAGUGCAACCUCAAAUUGAGAUUAAACAACAAACUGUUGAAGUUAACCAAGGUUAUCAUUACGAGAAGCCGACGAUUAAAUUCGAAGAACGUUCUAAACCUGUCGUAUCUUACCAACAAGAAGUGAAGGUACAGAAACCAGCUGUAGUUGAAUCCUAUUACCACCAGAAACCUGCAGUGGUUCAUCAACAAAUUGUACAUGAAGUGCAACCGAAAGUGGAGAUUAAGCAGCAAGCAGCUAUUGAAGUUAACCAAGGUUAUCAUUACGAGAAGCCGACUAUCAAAUUCGAAGAACGACCUAAACCUGUCGUCACUUAUCACAAAGAAGUUAGAGUACAGAAACCGGCCGUAGUUCAAACUUACUACCACCAGAAACCUGCCGUGGUUCACCAGCAAAUAGUGCACGAGGUGCAACCUCAGGUGGAGAUCAAGCAACAAACUGUUAAAGUUGACGAAGGUUAUCAUUACGAGAAACCGACGAUCAAAUUCGAAGAGACUCCAAAACCUGUGGUCACUUAUCAGCAAGAAAUUAAGGUUCAAAAACCUGCUGUCGUUCAUUCGUACUAUCACCAAAAACCAGCUGUCAUCCAGCAACAAACUGUCAAACCGAUUGUCUCGUACGAGCAAGUCAAACCUGAAAUCAAAUUCGAAGGUUACCACUACGAGAAACCGGCCGUGAAAUUCGAAAUUCCCAAACCGACUGUAACGUAUCAUCAAGAAGUUAAAGUGAAGAAGCCCGCCGUUGUGGUUGAAUCUUAUUAUCAACAAAAACCCGUUGUUAUUCAACAUCAAACUGAGCGACCGACUGUCGUUUACGAAAAACCAGCGAUUACCGGUUAUCAAGAGGUUAAAAUCGAGAAACCGGUUGAAAGUUAUCAUUAUCAGAAGCCAGCUGUCGUUAAAAUUGAAGAACAGGUUCAAUUCCAAGGUUAUAAAUACGAGAAACCGACAAUCGCAUUCGAGGAGAAACGUAAGGAGGUGAAGAUCGAGCAACCGGCAGUGGUUCAAACUUAUUUCCACCAGAAGCAUGUCACUCCGAAUGUCGCUUACGAAAAGCCGGUGGUCGUUGAACAAAAGACCGUUGAAAUUAACAAGUUUGAAGGAUAUCAUUACGAGAAGCCUUCGAUUCAGUUUGAGGAGAAACCACAGCAGGUUGUCAGUUACCAGCAGGAAGUGAAGGUACAGAAACCGGCGUUCGUGCAUAGCUAUUAUAACCAGAAACCGGCUGUCACCUAUGAGAGUGUCAAAGUUAAGCAACCUGUGGUGCAUAGAGUGCAGCACAGACAAAGGGUGCAGGUAAAGAAUCAGGAAGGUUACAGGUAUGAGAAACCUGCAAUCGUUUUCGAGGAGAAACCUCAAGUGAUCGUUGAGCAACAAAAGCCAGCUGUGGUGGAGACUUACUUCCAUCAGAAACAACCGGUGGUGUUGGAGCAGAAGACCAUCGUUCAAGUAAAUCCGGUAACCGCUAAACCUGUGGUCGUAGAGAAUUACGUGUACAAGGAUGAAGGUUACCAUUACGAAAAACCGGCGAUCGCCUUCGAAGAAAGGCCCACGUACAAAGAAGUUGUAACCCAGACCGUAAGGCCGACGACACCGAGGAUCAUUCCUCAAGUUUCGACCUACACUUAUCAUCAUCGCAGACCCACUUACGUUUCGUCUACCACCACCGAGAGAGUUCCAGUCGUCGAAGAAAUUAUUAUUCCGAAGAAGGCGUACGUUACCGGUAGCGAAGAGGGUUACAGCUAUCCGAAACCCGAGAUUAAGUUUGAAUUGCCUAAACCCACUCUAGUGGCGGAAAUCGAAAACGCUCCACUGAAGGAGUUCCGUUAUUACGAUAGCAGAUACCAGAAUGUUGUGUCGAGCACCGCAGCGCCUUUAAGUUCGAGUACGUACAGGAUUAGAACCAGGCGACCAACCCUGAAGAGAGUUUACCUUCCGGUGAGCACUACCGAGAGGGUUGUAGCUUUGACGAGGGAGUACUUGCCUGUUACCCAAGAGUAUAUUCCUAUUACCACUGCUAAGAUCAGCAAGGAGUAUUUGCCUGUCACGAGGAGACCGUCUAAACAGUACCUUCCGGUCACCAAGACUUACGUCCCAGUCACACGUAGACCUUCGAAAGAGUAUCUGCCGGUUACUACCGCUAAGAUUAACAGGGAGUAUUUGCCGGUCACUCGCAGACCUUCCAAGCAAUAUUUACCUGUAACUGAAAUCAACAAGGAGUAUCUUCCUGUUACAACGGCCAGAAGACCAUCCAAGGAAUAUCUUCCCGUCACCACUGAACCAUCGAAAGAGUAUCUCCCUGUUACUACCGCCAGGAGACCAUCCAAGGAAUAUCUUCCUGUUUCUACUGCCAGGAGACCAUCGAAGGAGUACCUUCCGGUUACCACACCUAAGCAAUACGUUUCGGUAACCACACCAAGAGAGUACGUAUCUGUUACUACCGAAGUGCCGUUUGUCAGCACAGCUAAGAUUAGCAAAGAGUACUUACCUGCGACAACGUCGCGAAGGCCUUCCAAAGAAUAUCUUCCUGUCACAAGGAAACCAAGCAGGGAAUAUCUUCCCGUCGCCGUGACAACGCUGAUACCGAGCAAGGAAUAUUUGCCGGUCAAGGGAAUACAGGUGGAGAAUUACGAGAACAAGGAGUACCAGAUUUCGUUGACGGAAAAGCCGAGUCGUGAGUAUCUGCCGGUGAAGUCGUCCACCAGGAGACCGCAAAAGUCGAAGGCCAUCAUUAAGGUGAACGAUUUCCAUCCGAUUUUGGCAGCCAAGUUGGGUGCUCAAUGUACAUGCGUCUCCAAUACUCUGAAACUGCGGAAGAGACCAACGACGAGGAUUCAAGAUCUCGAAGAAUACGUGGAACAAGCCCAAGAAGAUGGCGAUGAUAACGAGGAAGAUGAAAUUGUGAUUGUGAGAAAAUCGACAACACCGUCGUCAUCGAGAGUGGGCAAGAAAUCUCGCAGACCGUCUGUGACGAUCGUCAAGGAUGAAGAGGAGGAUGAAUCCGCUUCAAUCAAGGAGGAAAUCAAGUCGGCUGUAAGAGAGGGUGUCAAGGCUGGUGUUAAGGAGGCUCUGGCCAGCAAAGAUUUCGAUAGGUACGGACCAGGUGGACUUAGAGGUCGCACCGAGACGCUUCAAGGAACCGUCGACUGCCAAAGGGCCGGUCUCUUCAGGCACCCGAAACAUUGCAACAAAUUCUACACGUGCCGUUGGGACGAGAGCAAGAAGAAGUUUACUCUGCACGUUUUCAACUGUCCCGUCCAUCUGACGUUCGACAACAAUUUGGGCGCCUGCAACUGGCCAAGUCAAGGCCCCGCCUGCGUCGACAACACUCUGCUACCCAGCGAAUGAGAGACCCGCAAGACGAUUAACGAAAGAACAACUACACUUUCUCUCUCUCUCUCUCAUAACCCACUCUCAUCGUUUUUAAUUUAUUUAUUCCACCAUCCACGCAUCCAGUUGUACAGCAAAUAAACAAACUACUUUUAUGUUAGGGAAACCCCCACUCCCCCAAUCAACAUCCACACCUAAUUUCCGCAACCCGCGAUCACCACCCCCACGCCCCCUUCGCAUCGCUUGCCAAAUUGGGUGCGGAUCAUAUUAUUACUAUUAUUAUUCUGUAUCUGUAUUCUGUAAACAUUUAUAUGCGAUAAAAGAAACAAAAUCAUCAAGAAGAAGAAGAAGGUAAAGGAUGAUUUGACUCUUUAAAUUAUAUUUAAUUUUAAUGCGCUUCUCUGGGCUAUAUUUGUAAAUCUGUAAAUUUUGUGUGUGUAUGUAU